AUGGGCUCGGAGGCGGCACGGCUGCUGGCGGCGGCGGACUUCGCUGCCAGAAAGCACAAGGCGCAGCGGCGGAAGGACCCCGAGGGCACCCCCUACAUCAACCACCCCAUCGGCGUAGCCAGGAUCUUGGCCCACGAGGCUGGUGUGACAGACCUUGUCGUGCUGCAGGCCGCCCUCCUGCACGACACGGUGGAGGACACAGACACCACCUUCUCCGAGAUCGAGGAGCAGUUUGGGGAGGAGGUCCGGCGUGUCGUGGAGGAGGUGACUGAUGACAAGACCCUGCCCAAGAUGGAGCGAAAGCGGCUGCAGGUCGAGCACGCGCCAGGCAGCAGCCCCCAGGCCAAGCUGGUCAAGCUCGCCGACAAGCUCUACAACCUGCGAGACCUAAACCGCUGCACCCCGGAAGGGAUGGCCGAGCCCCCGCUCCCGAGCCUGUCCCGGCGGCGGGGGACAGAGGUGUCACAGUGCUGGGAAGGGCCGGCCGUGCCAGAGGAGCGGGACCCCCGGCGGAUGCCCUGGCCCACUCAGCCGAGUCCGGUGGGGGCACGCUCGGUGCCGUAG